UGCUUUGGUAGUAACGUCAAAACUAAUUUAAAUCAUAUUAAUAGGAAAAAUUUGGGUUUUUGUUUUUUUCUUGUCUACAAUUAAGUGAACGGAAAAUGAUACUAAAUAUGCCCGUAACAAAUGGUGCAAUAACAUCUGCUCCCUCCGCGCAAAGCCAAAAUGAUUAUUGUGAUUUCCUAAAACGCAAAUACCCCGAAAAUGACAUCAGCAGUCCUUCCAAUCCCGGCGCAACAGAGUCGUCGCCUACACCCUCGUACCCGGAAAAUUGCAGCACUAACACAAAUGAUUGGAAGAAAGCAAGACAUAUGAAUGAACGGAGCUGUUAUGAAAUGGCUCCAGUCACGAGCUCCACAAACUCCUACAACAACAAUGAUCAUAUUUCUGCAGAACUUUCAACAAGUAACGUGAGCACUUCCAUUACACAAACCUGUGAUGUGACAACGACUGCGGGUGCCACCUCCGGCACUUUUAACAUCAUGUCCAAUUCAUCGUCCUUCAUUAAUGAUCUGUUUGCUUACGACUCCAGUCUGCUGGUGUCCACGACUUCAGCUGGAGCGGAAAAUAGUCUCUGUAAUGAAGAGCCCACAUACGCCACACCAUCGACCAUUUGUGUGAACACAACACAGCAAUAUGAGGAAGACAAUAAUGAUAAUUGGCAGGCCACCGAUUUAUUGGAGCUCGAUCACCGCUACAAUUCCAGUCUGCAAACCGAAAUUACUCAUCUGAAUCCAACGGUUUCACUUAAGCCACACGAGGAAACUUUAGUUACAUUGGCUGAACAAAAACAUAACCUACAUUCCACGCCAACACUCCCGAUGCCUUCCCGGUCGCAGUUAUCAAGCGAAUCUAGUUAUCUGUCCCCAACUUCUAAAUCUCCAUCGGUAAAAGAAUGUCCAGAGAUGGCGGUUCACCAGGUCAUCGACAAUGAAAUUGAUUUCGAGGAUAGAAAUUUGUCUUGGCUUCUAAAUUUCAAAUUCGACGAGUUUCCCCAUCUAAGCCCUGAUUUGGCUGGUUCGAAUACUAAAAAUUCCAAAUUCCAACACAUCUCGGGGCAACACAAAAAUUCGAGUGGAUCUUCUCAAAUUGCAAGUGGACAAUGCAAUAGAAACGGAAGUGCUAGAGAGCGUUCGAAAUCGCCCAAAGUCGUUAACAAAAUGGGGAAAAAAUUCGAAGAACUUGUCAUGGAAGUAACAUCAGAAAUGGAUGGCGCUGAUAUGGUAGUGGCAGAAAAUGUUGUCAUUGAGGAUACUUCAUCGCCACCGAGAGUGCCCAAGAAACCACCAUUCACUUACACGGAACUCAUUGAAUACGCCCUUGAAGAUAAGGGUGAGCUGACUGUCUCCGGCAUCUACACAUGGAUAUCUGAUCGUUUCCCGUAUUACAAAUCCAAUGAUGAUCGUUGGAAAAAUUCCGUUCGCCAUAAUCUCUCCAUUAACCCACAUUUUCGCAAAGGACAUAAGGCCCCACAAGGUGCAGGACAUUUAUGGACCAUAUCUAGUGGUGAUUCUGCAGAAAAUGUUUUAGCCUGGGAACAUAAAAAGCAACGCUUAGAUUUAUUUUUCAAAAUGGAAUCCAUGAAUCGCGAACGCAUGGCACAACACCAUCAGCUAAUGCAACAACAAUCGAAUGCCAAUGCCAAGCAGAAACAUCUUCCUCACCAUCAUAAUAAACAUCUGACAUGUCAACAAGAUUCUUGUCAAUAUGAUGAAGCAGCAAUAGCCGCAGCAGCCAUACAACAAGAAAUGAUGCAGCAACAAGGACACUCUAACAAUGACAUAAAUGAUAUAGCCACCCAUAACCGACAUCGAAAUACUUCGCAUAUAGGUAAUGAAUCCGCCCAACAUCAUCAACAACAAUCCUUAAAACAUGAACUUCCUUACAAUGAACUGUUGACAGAGGAGGAGCUACGAAAAACAGCAGGCCAAAUAUUGAAUGGAAUACAUCGAGAGGUUGAAGUUCAGUCAGUUAGUCAUCAAUCGAUAAUCGGCACAUAUCACGAUGUCUUACUUGAUAAUGAAGAUUACCUCAACCCUGUGCACAAAGAUGUGGCUGUCAAUGAAAGUGGCCUUCGUCACAUUACCCCUUCGAUCGACUCGUCAACGGCCAAUAACACCCAGUGUCACUCAACCACAACAUCCUAUUAUGUUACUGAAAUUGACCCGAUGGAAUUGGGUAUACAAAUGUCAUCCCAUCCGCAUCCACUUACCCACAGUCAUCCCACGCCUGGCAAUCAACAUCACCAUCAACAUCAUCACCAGCAAUCGCAGCUUUCCCAUGAUGUCCAUCCAAAUGUAAAUGGCGAAGAAACGGACGGAGUUUUAUUCCACGAUGAGUUCAAUUUGAAUUAUUUCACCUACAAUUCAGCAGCUGAUAUUGUUGCUUGACCAAAAGCUGAAGAUCAUCAAGCUUUGCCUAUGCAACCUCUUAUUGCGGUGGUUAUACCAGGUUCUCAACAUCUCUCCACUGCUACCACAGUCAGCGGACAAUAGAAAAUUAAUAUCCUCUCUUUAUUCUUUCCUAGUCAAAAAAAAUUAACCAAUUGAUUUUUUUAGCGAAAUCUCAGGCUUAAAAAAAUAUGAUAAUCUAAAACUAUUAAUGAAAAUCUUAAACAAAACAUAUAAUGAAAAUUAAACAAUGUGAGAUAUUUUCUUAUGCUAGACAACAUAUUCAAUUGGCAUAGUUUCCUCUUGUAAAAAAUAGUUUUUUUAGUUUACCUUACUAAGAAUCUGUUCUCGGGUCCGCCUUGUCAAUAAAUAAUUGUGUGCUCUUGCUUGCUCUUGUAUGGUAA